UGGUUUUGAAGCCAAGACAGGCUUUCGAAAGAGAUGGGCACCCUGUCAGAUCAAGAGCUGCAUAGUCAUUCAUCUCUGGAUGAGGGGGAGAGGGAAGAAAGAAAGCAGCAGAAACAGGGGCAAAGGGGGGACGGAGGAGAGGCUCACCUUCCCAUGAAGGGAUUCAACUUGCAUUCAGCUAUGUGGAGCAUCACUCUCCUGUGGGGCAGCAUCCUUCUCCUGCCUAGCGCGGCUGGAACGUCUGCAGUGAUAAAUUAUGCUGUGGCAAUACCAUCUCAGCUCUACCACCCCUUCUCAGAGACAGUGUGCCUCCAGCUCAGCAGAAAAGAAGCAGUCCCAAUCCAUGUGACAGUAACGCUGCAAAGCAAAGCUGGGAAUGAGACUCUGAUCACACAGGCCAUCUCUCAGCUCAUCUUCUUCCAUUGCACAAGCUUCCAGGUCCCUCCCCCUGUUGGACAGCCAGAGGAAGUAGCUUUUGUUGAGAUCACAGUCUUGGGAGCCAAUUCAGAGUUUCAGAAGAAACAGAAAGUCCUAAUCAAGCAUGCAGAGAAGAAGACUUUAAUCCAGACAGACAAACCCGUGUACAAACCCGGACAGACUGUCAAGUUGCGAAUCGUAACCUUGGAUCAGAACUUCAUUGCCAGCAAUGAAACACACCGCCUAGUGGAACUGAAGGACCCCAAAAGGAACCGAAUUGCACAGUGGCUGAAUGUUACCCCUGUGGGAGGCAUUGUGGAUCUGUCCUUCCCUCUGGCUGCAGAAGCACCAGCUGGAGAGUAUACCAUCAAAACGCCUGACCGCACACAUACCUUCAGGGUGGAAGAGUAUGUUCUGCCCAAGUUCAGUGUCUCCAUCCAGAUGCCUCAGGUGGUCACCAUCUUGGAGGAGACCUUCCAUCUCCAUAUUUGUGGCAUGUACACAUACGGAAAACCAGUUCAAGGUAGUGUGAAGGCUGUGGUGUGCCGUAAACAUAUCCAGUAUAAAAGGAAGUCUCCCAAAGCCAAGCGUAGUAUUUGUAAGGACUACACUGGCAAGACAAACGAGGACGGCUGUUUUACCACUGAGGUGCACGUUAAGACCUACCACCAGAAGCGUACUGACAAUUACGAUUUCAACCUGGAAGCUGUCGCUGCAUUGAAAGAAAGUGGAACAGGAGUGGAGUUGAACACCACUGAAAACUGCAAAGUCACUUUUGGUAUCACAACUCUUCAGUUCUGGGGGACAAGCUACUACUAUCAGCAAGGAGCUCCCUACUAUGGAAAUCUGGAACUCAAAAGUGGCAAUGGGACCCACCUGAAGAACAAAAAGGUGAUCCUUACAGUGUCCUAUGGUAGCAUGAAGCAGACCAAGACCUACUUCACAGACGACGCUGGGAUGGCCUCUUUCAUCUUAGAGACUUCAGCAUGGAACAGCAGUGAAGUCAGACUGCAGGCAAAGACCCUGCCAGAGGAAUUCAGCAGUCAGAACAUGAGGGUGUCUUAUGGUACUGCAUCCCUCACACUGAGGGCCUUCUACUCCUCCAGCCAUAGCUCUGUGAGGAUCCAACCAGUGCAGGCAGCUCUUCCCUGUGGAGAUGUGCAGCAGGUCACCGUGAAUUAUCGUAUCCUGGCCACUGAGCUGGGGGACAGGUCUGCUGGAGCAGAGUUCUACCACCUGGUUUUGGCCAGAGGAUCCCUUGUGCAUCAUGGCCAAACAAGAGUACUUCUGGAUCCACCACUAGGUCAGUAUAGUGGUACUUUCAAUAUCAGUCUUCCCAUUGACAUCAUUUCACCCAUGGCUAUGCUCUUUGUUUACACUGCCUUCCCUGAGGGUCAAGUGGCAGCUGACAGCUUCAGCCUGAAAGUCUCCAAGUGCUUCAGGAACCACGUGAAGCUUGGCUUUUCAGACACAGUGGCUCUUCCAGGAUCAGCUGUCCAUCUCCAUUUGCAGGCUGCACCACGCUCCCUAUGUAGCAUCCGUGCUGUAGACCAGAGUGUACUUUUGCUAAGGCCAGAGGCUGAGCUAUCCAGGGCUAAUGUGUACAAUAUGUUCAGUUAUCCUCAAGAGCACCCCAGUAUCCUCACAGACUCGUACAGUGACUACUGUACUGUCCACAAGAGUUCAGGAACCAUCAGUUCUCUGACCACGCUUCCACCAACAACUACAUCACCCUUUAUGUACGACAGAUAUUCUUACGCGGUGUCCCAGCCAGAUGUCUAUGAACUUCUGAGGAAUUCAGGUCUAACAUUUUUAACCAGCCUUAAAAUCAAGUCUCCAAUCGAGUGCCGCACCCAGACCACUUUCUACGACUACAUGUCUUAUGAUCAUCUGGAAGACUUGGAAGACUUGGAUCCAGAACUAGAUGUUGCUGUUGAACAUGCUGAGUCAGAGCACAUUGAGCUGGGCAGCAAGGCAGGGCCAGUACGUACCUGGUUUCCUGAGACGUUCAUCUGGAGUCUGGUCCCCAUCAAUGAUUCAGGGUCCGCUGAGUUACCUGUCACAGUACCUGACAGUAUCACAGACUGGAGUGCCAUGACUUUCUGCACAUCAGAGACCCAUGGGUUGGGAAUCUCAGAGACAGCCAGCCUGCGGAGCUUCAAGCCCUUCUUUGUGGAACCUAUCUUGCCCUACUCCAUCUUCCAGGGAGAGUCAUUUCCCCUGACUGUCAAAGUUUUCAAUUACCUGAAGCAGUGCAUGGUGCUCCAGCUAAGCCUAAUGAACUCCAGUGAUUUUGAAUUUGUGCAUGCAAAUGUCAGGUUCACCGUUUGUCUGUGUCCCAAUUCAGCAAAGACAUUUUUCUGGGAUGUGAAAGCUACUAAGCUAGGGAAGGUGAAUUUCACUGUCACUGCAGAGGUGAUUGAUCAGAAAGGUGUUUGCACUGAGAGUACAGCUGUUGUGCCAGAGUCUGGAGGGAAGGACACAGUGGUUAAGCACCUGCUGGUGAAGGCAGAGGGGCUGCUGGAAGAAAAGACCCACACCUCGCUCCUGUGCCCUAAAGGAACUUCAGCUUCGGAGACAAUCACUUUCACUUUGCCAGAGAACAUGGUCCUCGGGACAGAGAGAGCCCACAUCUCUUUCUUAGGUGACAUUUUGGGGACAGCACUGGACAACAUAGAUGAGCUCCUCCAGAUGUCCAGUGGUUGUGGUGAGCAGAACAUGGUUCAUUUUGCCCCCAAUGUCUUUAUCACACGAUACCUUCAAGAGACGGGACAACUGACUCCAGAAAUCAAACGGAAGGCAACUGGCUAUCUGGAAAGUGGAUACCAACGACAACUCUUAUAUAAACACGCAGAUGGCUCAUAUAGUGCCUUUGGGGAAGGAAGUGAGCCAGGGAACACAUGGUUGACUGCCCUUGUCCUUAAGACAUUCAGCCAAGCACAGAACUUCAUCCACAUAGAUGAGCAGAACAUUAAGGAUGCUGCCAGUGCCUUGAUUAAAAGUCAGACUCCAUCUGGCUGCUUCAAGAGUGUGGGGAAACUCUUCAACAAUGGUUUGAUGGGUGCAGUGGAGGAAGGACUGGGGUUGAGCUCUGCCAUUAUCACAGCUCUCAUACACUCUGGGAUACCACGCUCUGACCCAGCUGUGCAGAAAGCUCUGAAAUGUAUAACAGACCUGGUCAAUUCUGACAGCAGCAGUUCCAACCUCUACAGCCUGGCACUAGCUGCAAAUGCCUUUGCAGUAGCAGGUGAUAAGGCACUGAAGCAGAAAAUCCUCAAAAGACUGGAUAAGGCAGCCAUAAGAUCAGAUGCCCAAAUAUUCUGGAGUCAACAGUCCAAACACGAAGAAGAUCCCCUACAUUGGUAUCGGGCUCCAUCUGUUGAUGUGGAAUUGACAUCUAGUAUCCUCAUGGCUCACAUUUCAAAGUCAAGCUUGUCUUCAGAUGAAAUCAGAAAGGCAUCCCAGAUUGUGUCAUGGCUCCUCAAGCAGCAAAACCCUUACGGAGGCUUUGCUUCAACCCAGGACACAGUGGUUGCCUUGGAAGCCCUCGCCUUGUAUGCAACCAAGACCUUCAGCAAGGAUGGCCCUGACCUUCAGGUUUCUCUCUCCUCUGAGGGCUUCAGUAAAAACAUCCGAGUAGACAACACCAAUCGCCUCCUGCUGCAGACAGUGGAGCUGCCUGCCAUUCCCAGAGAUUAUACUGUGCGUGUACAGGGCCAUGGGUGCCUUUUCCUGCAGGCAAUUCUACGGUACCAUGUCCCUCUGCCGAGGAAGGACCUCACCUUUGCUGUGUCUGUGCAGACAGAGUGCACGGCACCCGAUGCCACCCAGUUUCCUGUCACCGUUCACGCUCGCUACACAGGGAACCGUGUGUCCACCAACAUGGUCCUGAUCCAAGUGGAGCUGCUGUCUGGAUACAGCCCUGUGGCAUAUUCACUGGAUGAGCUAAAGAAAAUGCCCUUAGUGAAGAAAAUUGAAAGUGAAGCUGACCGAGUCGUUCUUUAUCUGGAGGAACUGACUCGACAGCCUCAGGCCUACACUUUGCUGAUGCAGCAGGACAUGCAAGUGAAAGAUCAUAAGCCGGCUAAUAUCAAGGUUUAUGAUUACUACAUGCCAGAAGAAACAACAGUGAUCAGCUACAAUGCACCCUGCACAUGAGGAACAGGGACAGACAUUCUCUGCAGUCUCUGUCCAUCAGUCCUUUGUCAUCCCUGCUAACAGCCACCACAUGGAGAUGAGAAGCAAAGAGAAAAUAAUUGAAAUUACCUUCUGAGCAGUUAGUUUCCUAAAGGCUAGGACUAUGCCAGCUGUCAUAUUAAAAGUCAGUAGACUAGAA